CACUUGUCGGUAGUGUGGAGCGAGCGCAACCCUUAACAGCGAUUCCCGGUAACUUCGCAUCCAAGGAGGUGGCGGUCACAUCCAUGGCAUCGAGAUUCAAAGCCUGCAUCUCAAACCCUGCCUCUGAUCCCAUCGGGUGGUUAGCCUAGUCGUCUUGCCUCACGAGCCUCUACAGAGUUGUGUUUCUCUCUCUCUCUGCUGACCGUUUUCCCGGUUAAACCAAAAACAAUACUGUGUAUUUGGAUUAAGUAGAAUACCGGUGACCUUUAUUGGUUUUAUUUUUAUUUUGUCCAGAGCGGGAAAAGGCUUUCUUAACUUGGCGCGCGUGCUGUCCCCUUUAUGAGACGCAUGCUAAUCAAGUCAUCCCGCGCGAGCCUCACCUGACGUGAUGAUGAUGAAGAGCGGUCCAGACGUCGUGCGGUCUCGCGAGGGGAUGCCUGCUUGCUGAAGUUUUGGAACAGUUGGGAAAGGGUUGGAACAGUUGGGAACAGUUCUUCUCACAUUUUUUUGUGGAGGGGGUUGUAAACAAUUCAGCGCCUUUCUUUUCUUUUGAACUCGCCAUCUUCCCAUUUUCGAGCGGUGGUUUCCAUAACAUUUCGCAGUCCAAGAUGGACCGCGUUGGCGUCACGUUGUUGAUGCUUCUGUCACUGGCGCUGAUGCGACUGAGUGACAGCGAGAGACAAGAAUCGACGGGAGGUACGAACGAUGGUGCGAGCGCCGGGGCGCUCGUUCGGGACCCGCAGUCAAGAGUGAGAAGUCAAGGCCAUUUAGCAAAGCGAAACGAAGACAGCAUGUCCUCCACUAGUAGUAACCUUAACGUUUACGUUAGCGAAACUUCAUCCGAAUCGCUCCCAAGGCACCCUGCGCGCAGGACUCCGGAGAACGAGCACGAGCCCGAGCGCGCAUCGCUUCUUCCACGAGGUAGUAGUAGAAGCAGCAGACACGCGCCCAUGAUCAAACCGCUUUCCCCUCACGGGAAGGACCAUUCCUCCCGGGACGGCUCGGCUCCUGCUCCGCGAGACAGCGCGCCCCGCGCCGCGAGACAGGUCGCCCCCCAUUCAUCCCAGUACAGGUCCCGCGUCAACCACAGGCAGGCCAGCAGGCACACAAGACGGCUUGCUGGGCCUAAUGUGUGUGGAGGUCAGCAGUGUUGCUCUGGAUGGGCCCUCGCCCCAGGAACCAACCGCUGUAUAAAACCUGACUGCCAGCCGGCCUGCCAGAACCGAGGCUCCUGCAGCCGCCCCCACACCUGUGUGUGUCGCUCGGGCUUCCAGGGGGCUCGCUGCGAGGAGGUGACCCCGGAGCAGGUGUACAUCCGCGACGGCGGGGCCCUGCGGCGCGUCAAGCCCGGCACCAACCCCUUCCAGAAGGACCAGGCGCGGAGGAGGCCCACCGAGAGGCAGGCCCCGGAUUCGGCUCGAGCCCGGACCCCGCUGACCGCGUCCACAAAGGCCCCCCUCCACGCUGCCUCCCAAGUGAGGCGGGGACCUCCUGACCUCACCCCUCAGCAGACCGGCUCGUCCCGCACGGUGAAGCGGUACCCGUCCUCCGCCGGGCCCAUCACCUCCAACGCGCUGCCCAACGGGAACGGCUACAGCACCGGACACGGCGCCGCCAACUGGCCCGGGACGGGCAGGACUGGGAACCCCGACGGGCAUUCUCCCAGCGUUCCCAGGACCGGGGCCGCCGCCGCUGCUGCUGCAGCCAACGGCCAGCCACAGACACCACAGCUCAGCAACGCGUUAUCGCACGCAGGGGCCAACCUGACGUCCAGCCUGGACCGCAUCAAGAUCGUCUUCACGCCCAUGCUGUGCCGCCGGGUGUGCAGCGGCGGCCGCUGCCACAACAGCUGCGAGAAGGGCGACACCACCACGGUGUACAGCGAGAACCACCAGCGACAGCAGCAGCAGAGGCAGCAGCAGUCCGAGAAGCAGGGAUUCAGACUCUUCUUCUGUCAGAUCUCGUGUCUGAACGGGGGCCGCUGCAUCGGCAGGGACCAUUGUUGGUGUCCGUCCAACUCCACAGGGAAGUUCUGCCACCUGCCGGCCCCGCCCCCCACCAGGCACCAGGGAGGCCGCAAGGACGUCAACCAACCGGGGGCCAACUCCCACUCCAUGUACACGCUGCCCCUGUCCAAUCAGCAAGUUUCCAUGCAUCCAUCCCUGGUGAACGUCCAUAUCCAGCACCCCCCGGAGGCGGAGGUGCAGGUCCACCAGGUGGCGAGGGUCAAGCCGGGCCAGAGGGCCACCGCCCCUGAGGGGGCACACUCGGUCCAGCAGCGGUCCCAGCCCGGGAACGGGAACGGGGAUGGCAAGGGCCACGGAAACGGCAACGGGCAUCAUCAUAAACCCACCAGUGAGAACGCCAAUGGAAACCUACCAACCGACGGGAACAGCGAAAGAACACUAACAACCAAUGGGAACGCCUAUAGACCACCAGACCGACAGAAUGGAUACGUGGGAAGGUGCUUCCAGGAGACUGUUGAUGGACAGUGUGGGAAGCCAUUGCCAGGCCUAACCAAACAGGACGAUUGCUGUGGAAGUGUUGGAGCCUCCUGGGGUCUUAACAAGUGCCAGAAGUGCCCAAAAACACCAGCAUACGCGGUGAUCGCAAACGGACAGGUGGAAUGUCCGAAAGGUUACAAACGGAUGAACGCAACCCAUUGUCAAGACAUCAACGAGUGCGCGAUGACAGGACUCUGCAAGAACGCCGAAUGCCUCAACACCAAAGGCAGCUACAGGUGCACCUGCAAGCAUGGCUUCAUGCUGGACCCGGCCCGGAGCCACUGCGUCUCGGACAAGGCCGUGUCCGAGAAUAAGGGGCUGUGCUACCGGUUCUCCUCAGCAGGCGGCUGCACCCUCCCGCUGCCCGCUUCCAUCACCAAGCAGAUCUGCUGCUGUAGUCGUGUGGGCAAGGCCUGGGGGCCCGGCUGUGAACGCUGCCCUGUGCCCGACUCAGACGACUUCAAGGAGAUCUGCCCCGCGGGCCACGGCUACACCUACUCCCGCUCCGACGUGCAGAUCUCCCUGAGGCAGCUUGAGGAGGCCGACCUGAGGAACACCGGCAUCACCUGGCUGGACCCCAGCCCCCUGGAACCCGUGUGGCCCCCCUACCUGCCAGAGCAGCCGAACCCCGACCCCCACCAACACCACAACCACCACCAGCACCACGUGCCCCAGGUUCCAGUGUACCCAGAGCCACCGCAGGUAACCCAGCACCACCCCCACCCCCAGACGCCCCACCAGCCGAGACAACCACCACCCACACCUGCGGAGCAGCCCGUGGACCCCCGUGAAGACACGCGCCAGCCGGCCAGCGAGUGGCCCGGUCAGCCCGAGGAUGUGGAAACACUGAGCCUGCCAACGGUUGUGACAGCCUCCCCUGAGCCACAUCCAGAGAGGACCCCAGAACCUGGGCCAUACGUUGAGGAAACCUUCCUGGUGGACCCACCCACCGAGCCCCAGCCAGCUAUAGACAAGUGCGCCCUGGCCCCCAACAUAUGCGGCCAUGGGACGUGUGUGUCGGUGCAAACGGGCUACACCUGCUCCUGUGACCCCGGCUACAAGCUCAGCGCCCUGCAGACCAACUGCAUCGGUGAGCCAGGGAGAGGGAUGUGCUGUUGCAAAGUAGACCGGGCUGGCAGUCACACACACAGACAAACUCUCAUUCUCUCUCCCCUUCUAUCUAUCUCACUCACACUCACACACCUAGACUCACAAACUCCCACUCCCACGUACACAGACACACAUACGCACAGACACACAUACACACAUACUCUCACUCUCUCUCUCUCCUCUCUUUCUCCAUCUCCCUCUAUCUAUCUCUCGCACACGCACGCACGCACGCACAUGCACGCACGCACGCACGCACGCACGCACGCACGCACGCACACACACACACACACACACACACACACACACACCACCGCUCACCCAAACAGACACACACAGGCCUCGGGGGAGCCCUCUCAGCACAUCAUCCCAACACGAGCGUCUUUCACGCUGCAGCAGCAGCAGCCUUUAACUGCGCUCGCGUGCAUCAGCUCAAGCGUGUCCCCUGGCCGUGCCCAACUGUCCAUAAAACACAAACCCCUCACAGAUGACUCCAUGUUCCUAACAAUUACAACAUUAACCUUGUUUUCCUCCCCCUGCCGAGCAGACAUCGACGAGUGCCGGGAGGCCGAGUCCUGCCCCGACGGCGUCUGCACCAACACCGGGUCCUUCCACUGCCGGCUCUGCGGCCCCGGGACGCGGCCCUCCAACGGGCACUGCGUUGACAUUAACGAAUGUCUGGACCAAUCGAUGUGCGGCAAUGGUAGAUGUGUCAACAUGGAGGGCUCCUAUAGGUGCAACUGUUUCCAUGGAUACAAACUCUCAGUGCAAAACCUGUGCCAAGAUGUGGACGAGUGUGUUCUCCCCGGGGUCUGCACCGGCGGCCGCUGCGUCAAUCUGGAGGGGACGCACGAGUGUGUCUGUGGCCCCGGCUACCAGGCCACCCCCGACAGCAAGGCCUGCGAAGAUGUCAACGAGUGCGCCGCUCCCAACGUGUGCCCGGUUGGAAUCUGCGUCAACGGCGAGGGCUCCUUCUCCUGCCAGGAGUGCAGGCCCGGGUUCAGACCCUCUGCAGAUGGGCUGAGUUGCGAGGAUUUGAAUGAGUGUGCACAGGGGGACUUGUGUCUGGGAGGGGUGUGUCGCAACAGAGAGGGGUCCUACAUUUGUACCGACUGCAGGACCGGCUAUCAGGUGUCCCACGACCAGCAGAGGUGUGAAGACGUCGACGAGUGCCGGUCCCUGUCGGCCUGCGCCAACGGCAUCUGUCUGAACUCGGAGGGCUCGUACACCUGCAGGACCUGUCCCCAGGGCUACGUGGUGUCCCGCGACGGGGAGCUCUGUGAAGACAUUGAUGAGUGUGCGCUUCCCAACGUGUGCCCCGGAGGAACGUGUGCAAACACAGACGGUUCCUUCACAUGCCUCACCUGUCGGCCAGGAUUUAGAGUCCCCGAGGAUGGACAUCAGUGUGAAGAUGUGGACGAGUGCUUGGUGGCUAAUGAGUGCCCCGGCCAGCUGUGCGUGAACGUGCCGGGCUCCUUCGUCUGCAGUGACUGCGGCGAGGGACUGCAGCUGUCCCAGGACGGGGUCACCUGCGAGGACGUGGACGAGUGCCACUCACAGGGGGCGUGUCCCGGAGGGGUGUGCGCCAACACGCACGGCUCCUUCUCCUGCGCGACCUGUGACCCCGGCUUCACACCCAACGGCGGAUCCUGCGAAGAUGUGAACGAGUGUCUGACCGUCGCUGGGAUCUGUGGAGAAGGAGAGUGUCUGAACACGGAGGGAUCCUACGUAUGCAUCUGUUCCGACGGAUACACCACUGGCACCGGGGCGACCGGCUGCCAAGACGUGGACGAGUGCAGCCCGGAGGUGGACAUCUGUGCCAGAGGCCAGUGCAUCAACACAGACGGGUCCUACCUCUGCCUCUGUGAGGCCGGCUUCAAGUUCAACCCCGCCAUCUCCGACUGCGAGGACCAGGACGAGUGUGUGGAGUUUGGGAGCUCGGCGUGUGGAGUGUGGCGCUGUGAGAACCUGGUGGGCUCGUACCGCUGCUACAUGGGCUGUGAGCCGGGCGUGGACGGGGAGGACUGUGAUGCCGACGAAUGUGUGAACGAGACCAUCUGUGGAAACCACGGCUUCUGUGAGAACACGGACAACUCCUACCUCUGCCAGUGUCACCAGGGCUACACCAACCCCCCCGGGGAGACCACCCGCUGCGUUGACGUGAACGAGUGCGAGAUGAGCAUGGCUGUGUGCGGGGAGGCCCUGUGUGAGAACUACGACGGCAGCUUCCUGUGCAUCUGCUCCAGCGACAAUGAGGAAUUUGAUCCCGUUACCAGUCAAUGCCGAACCACGGCCCACGGUCAUCCCCCCGCCCUCACCCCGCUCUCCCCCUUCUCCCCCCUCUCCCCCUCCUCCCCCGCCUCCCCCGCCUCCCCGCCCCGGGCGGAGGAGAGGAAGGAGUGUUACUACGACCUGGACAGCGCCGACAUGUGCAACAACGUCCUGUCCCGCAACACCACCAAGCAGGAGUGCUGCUGCACCAUCGGAGCCGGCUGGGGCGACAACUGUGAGGUCCACCCGUGCCCCCUUCCUGAGAGAGCCGAUUUUAACGAGCUGUGCCCGCAUGGCAUUGGGCUGCUGCCCCGGACUCGGCCCGCGGGCUCGCAGAGCCUGGAGGAACGACAUCAUUCCAGAGACGUGAACGAGUGCGAGAUGUUCGGCUCGGAGAUCUGCAAGAACGGCCACUGCACCAACGUCUACUCCACCUACACCUGCCUCUGCCGCUCGGGCUUCUACUACAACCACCUCCGCCAUGAGUGUGUGGAUUACGACGAGUGUGAGAUGGGGGACACGUGUGUGCACGGCGUGUGCGUGAACACGGCCGGCUCCUUCAACUGCUUCUGCAGCCCCCCACUAGUGCUGGACGGGAGCGGGAGACGCUGCAUCGGCCUCAACGCCACUGAAGGGGAGUCCCUGGAGCCCGAGCAGGACGUCCACAUGGACAUCUGCUGGCAGGUCCUGGUGGAGGACAACAUGUGUGCCAACCCCCUGGCCGGCCACCGCACCACCUACACAGAGUGCUGCUGCCUCUACGGCGUGGCCUGGAGCGAGCAGUGUGCCUUCUGCCCGCGCAAGGACUCAGAGGACUACGCGGUGAUGUGCAACCUGCGCCGGCCCGGCAGCACCGACAGCCUGAGGGAGCGGCCCCCGGCGCAGUACGAGUACAGCCCGGAGGGCUCCGAGGCCCCCCUGGAGCCCUUCGUGUCCCCCUACUGGGACAACUACGGCGGGGGGCCGCUGCCCGAGGGGACCUACUACAACCCGGGGGUCCCCGAGGGCGUCCCCCUCUUCAACGACUACAGCCCCCGGGAGCCCCCCGCGCGGGUCCCGGUCCUGCGGCCUCGGGAGUUCCAGCCCCGCCCGCUGAGACCCCACACCAGGCCCUACGGCGGGUUCGAGGGCCUCCGGGCCGAGGAGUGCGGCAUCCUGAACGGCUGUGAGAACGGCCGCUGCGUGAGGGUCCGCGAGGGCUACACCUGCGACUGCUUCGACGGCUACGAGCUGGACCUCAACAAGAUGGCCUGCAUCGACAUCAACGAGUGCGAGGACAUCAGCGACAGCGUGGCCUUGUGUCAGAACGCCCGCUGCUCCAACACGGAGGGCUCCUACAAGUGCAGCUGUCUAGCCGGCUUCGUGGCCUCCGCCAAGCCCCACGAGUGCAUCCCCGAGAUCCCCCAGGAGGUGGCCAGCGAGGCCGGGUAGUGGGGCGGGAGGCUGGGGGGAGCUGGGCCGGGGUCGCUGGCUCCUCCACGCACCCUCUGGAGACGGCCCUUCCUUCUGCUCCCCAGAGGGCUGCGGAGACGCCCAUGCUUCUGACCCCUUGAUAGCACGCACACACACACAGAUGCUCAUACACAUACACACACACGGACACACCCCCACACACACACACACACACACACACACAAACACACACAUGCGGGCACACACGCACACAUACAGCAAAGACACACACACACACGCAAACGCACAUAUGCGCACACACACAUACACACACACAUGCACAUACAGAACAGACACACACAAACACUUACACAUGCACGCAAAUAUGCGCGCAAACAUACAUACACACACACACAUGUAUGUGACUAAUGCAUACGAAACAUAUACAUGAAUAAAGCCCAAACACGCAAACACAGAGAAAAACAGCGCACAUGUACCUAUGCAUACAAAACGCAUCAUAUCCACGCUCCCUACAUACACGCAAGAGCACCGGGAACUGUUCAGUGAAUGUAUCACACGGGAUUCAACACUUUCCAGAUUUGCAUUUGCCUAAAGGGAAUUUGUAGACUGUUCUUUCCUCUUAUUUUUUCUCGUUUGUUUAGUGACCCCAGUCAGUGCAAAUUCAUUUUCUUUCUGCAUUACUUUCUCACAUUCUUUUUGAUACAUUAUUUAUUUCUCAUAACUAGAUGACGGGCCGCUGUGAGCCGGAAGCGCAGACCUUCUCAGAGGCCAUACUUAAAUGCCCUUGUUGUUUCUGUGUGGCCAUUUGACUUUGGGAGGUUGUUUGAAUGUCUUUCGUUAAAAAAGCAACAACUUUAAAUAUGAGUAAAACCAUUGUUAUAUCAACACAUAGGCAAUACGAACAUUGAAAGUCUUACCGUUAACAUAAUUUUUUUAACCAAUAGUUUCUUAAUGUACAUUCACAUCAAAUAUUUUGUAUUGCAAUCGCUAAGCUACUUGUGGACCUAAAAAGGCUGUGGAUGUAUAUGAUGAUCAAUGUAAACUUAAGUGAAGGAUGUGAUUCACACGCUCUGAAACACCAUAUUUUAGUAACUGACUUAACAUUCUUCCAAUAUUUUAGUGCACUGGUAGAGUUUUGACUCCAAUUUUCUUAUCAAAGUAACCGAUUUUUACAGAACCAAUAUACAGUAUAUCUUAAUUUGAUGUUACUUAACUUAUUAUUUGAGAUCUGGGCUACCUUUGUCAUUGUAAAUGGUUAAUUAACGACAGCUUUUUAAAUAAAAGUAUAGGUCAAACAAGAUCUGGCGUUGAAUGCAAAAACCUUUCUUACAAACCAGGCGUGUGAACGCAAGCUUAAACAAGAACAACGCCACUCUGCAUUCAUUCAACAUUGAAUGAAUCUCAAGUUUCAAAAUGGAGACCAUUCCCAUCUCUGAGUGAGUCUAGAGGCCAGGUUCUGAUUAUGGGGAGGUUAUGGAUAUAUUGUACAGAUCUAGUACUAUGUAUUAUUUGUGUUAUAUAUUCCACUAGGUAUUUAGUACAAGCAAUAUUUUUUGUUUGACAUAAAAGAAGAAAAUGAAAAAAAAAAAAGACAUUUAUAGCUAUGUAGAUUUAUAUAUUUCUGUACAAAUGUUUUUUAAACAUGUUUUUAUGCGUGAGGAAAGUGGUUGACACUGUACCAGAGGAGGUGUGUGUAUCCUGCCCUGUGGAGCAGACAUUGAAAUGUAAUUUUUACAAAGUGCCAGCCUUAGUUCCUGAUCACCGACUGCCUGCAUUCAAUGCAUUGAGUUGUUUUGGCCAAACGCAAGCCUUUUCUCUGCAGGGACGACUAUGUCCAAAUCAUUUCCCCAGAAGGUUCCUAUGCCAUGAAUGUAUCACCAUGCCAAUAUACGCAUUCAUUUGAUUUUUUUGGUAUCUUACAAUAGUUAUUAGUUUCAGCUUGCGGUUAAUGGCCUUAUCCUUUUAGAGGACAGAACUUCUUGUACUCGUGCAUAAAACCCUCAUGUUCACAUACAAGCACACAUGUACGCCUUUAACCUGCAUUGAAGAAAAAAGACUACAGUGGUGCAGAUGUUUUCACUGUGUGUGAACUCUUUGUGCUGUCCAAUGCAUCAUUCCACAUACCAAAUGUCUUCAAUAAAUUAGAAACACAAUGUUUUGGGCUUUGAGUAUUUAAAGCCUUAUAAACCGCAAAUAAGUUGAGAUCACGGUUGUGCUGUUGUACCACUUGACUGUAAUCACUACCAGUCAUCAAAUUAUUAAAAUAUGAUCAAA